UUCUUUCUUCCCUCCGAACAAGAGGUGCGGCGGAGCGCCACCAUUUUAACGCCCCCCUUCCGCGCGUCUGUUUGCCGCUGUCCGCGGCUCGGGCCAUGGGCGUCGAGGAGGCUGCCCGUGGCUUUCGCGGCAACAAGCUCGCGCUCGCCAGCAUCGGCUUCGCCGAAGCCCGCGGCGCCGGCGCGUUCAAGAACGACGGUCUGCUUGGAGUGCGGCUCCCCAAGCCCAAGGACGUCUACCUCGACUGGGACGUAGCAGUCAGGCUCAGCCCGCCGGACGUCGGCGCCGCCGUCAGGACUUUGCUGAGGCGUCGAGAAAUUGCAGAAUUCGUUAGCGGGGCAAUGGCUGGUGCUAUGACUAAAGCCGUUCUUGCUCCUCUAGAAACUAUCAGGACAAGAAUGGUUGUCGGUGUAGGGUCAAAACAGAUUUUCGGCAGUUUCAUGGAGAUCAUGGAACACAAUGGCUGGCAAGGACUUUGGGCAGGCAAUACAAUUAACAUAAUCCGCAUUAUUCCUACUCAAGCAAUUGAGCUCGGCACGUUCGAGUGCGUCAAACGGAGCAUGACGUCGGCACAAGAGAGGUGGAAAGAGGAUGGGUGCCCAAAGAUACAGCUCGGUGGUUUGACGAUCGAGCUACCUCUUCACCUACUAUCUCCAAUCGCCAUUGGAGGCGCGGCAGCUGGAAUAGUCAGCACUUUAGUGUGCCACCCCCUUGAGGUUCUCAAGGAUCGCCUGACUGUUAACCACGAGGCGUAUCCCAGUAGCAUCGCCCUUGCGUUCAACAAGAUCUACAGAACGGAAGGCGUCGGCGGUCUCUAUGCUGGCCUGUGCCCGACGCUGGUCGGCAUGCUCCCUUACAGCACAUGCUACUACUUCAUGUACGAGACGAUCAAGACGUCUUACUGCCGUGCACAUAAGAAGUCAUUGAGCCGCCCCGAGCUGCUGGUCAUCGGAGCUCUUUCAGGUCUGACGGCGAGCACGAUCAGCUUCCCUCUGGAAGUGGCGAGGAAGCGGCUGAUGGUCGGAGCCCUGCGAGGGAGAUGCCCGCCCAACAUGGUCGCGGCCUUGGCCGAGGUGGUCAAGGAGGAGGGCCUCAAGGGGCUGUUCCGCGGGUGGGCGGCGAGCUCCCUCAAGGUCAUGCCCACGUCCGGCGUCACCUGGGUGUUCUACGAGGCAUGCAAGGACAUCCUUCUGGCUCCACACCUAGCCUAGCCGUUGCCUUGCCUGAGAUCAUUCAGCAGGGCAGUAGGCACUGGAACAGAAUGAAUUCAUUGUGAUGUGCUUGUGUGUGGAUUGUCAUCUUUUUGUCCCAUAUGGAAACACGUGGGAGCCGGCCAAGGGGGUCGGCGGUCGGGGUUGGUCCUCUCUGUGUGGUCAGGGGUCGGCGUGAGGGUGCGGAGGUAGGGUUGCUCCGGGCCAAAGCCGACGGUGCGGCGUCUGCGGAUGUCACUCUCCUCCUGGGGGCCGUCGUGGAGCUCUCCGACCUCCUCCGCUCUCGGGUCACUUUCUUCGGGUGCAG